GCGGGGGCGGCGGGAGCGCGUCCCGUCCGGGUCCUGAGGAGCCGCCGCCGCCGCCGCCGCCGCUCGCCAACAUGGCGGACCUGGAGGCCGUGCUGGCCGAUGUCAGCUACCUGAUGGCGAUGGAGAAGAGCAAGGCGACCCCGGCCGCCCGCGCCAGCAAGAAGAUCGUCCUGCCCGAGCCCAGUAUCCGGAGCGUGAUGCAGAAGUAUCUCGAGGAGAGACAUGAAAUCACUUUCGACAAGAUUUUUAAUCAGAAAAUUGGUUUCUUGCUAUUUAAAGAUUUUUGUUUGAAUGAAAUUAAUGAAGCUGUACCUCAGGUGAAGUUUUAUGAAGAGAUAAAAGAAUAUGAAAAGCUUGAGAAUGAGGAAGAUCGCCUUAGUAGAAGUCGACAAAUUUAUGAUACUUACAUCAUGAAGGAGCUGCUGUCUUGUUCACAUCCAUUCUCAAAGCAAGCUGUAGAACAUGUGCAAAGUCAUCUAUCCAAGAAACAAGUGACAUCAACUCUUUUUCAGCCAUACAUAGAAGAAAUUUGUGAAAGUCUUCGAGGCAGCAUUUUUCAAAAAUUCAUGGAAAGUGACAAGUUCACUAGAUUUUGUCAGUGGAAAAACGUGGAAUUAAACAUCCAUUUGACCAUGAAUGAUUUCAGCGUACAUAGGAUUAUUGGACGAGGAGGAUUCGGUGAAGUAUAUGGUUGCAGGAAAGCAGACACUGGAAAAAUGUAUGCGAUGAAAUGCUUGGAUAAGAAGAGGAUCAAGAUGAAACAAGGAGAAACCUUAGCCUUAAAUGAACGGAUCAUGUUGUCCCUGGUGAGCACAGGAGAUUGUCCUUUCAUUGUCUGUAUGACCUAUGCCUUCCAUACGCCAGAUAAACUCUGCUUCAUCUUGGAUCUGAUGAACGGGGGCGAUUUGCACUAUCACCUUUCACAGCACGGGGUGUUUUCCGAGAAGGAGAUGCGGUUUUACGCCACAGAAGUCAUCCUGGGGCUGGAACACAUGCACAAUCGGUUUGUCGUUUACAGAGAUUUGAAGACCAUGAUGCUUGGUCCCGGGUUCUGCAUUAAGGAAGGAGUUGGGAGUUUGCUUGGUACAUCCGCGGUGAUAUUCGUCUAG